AUGCUAGGAAAGUCAUAUUUUGACUGUGCUCCACGAGCUGAUGCUGUAUUUAUCCGAUUCGACAAUCAACCAGAAGAUGCAUGGGCUAUCGAUGAAAUUUUGCAAAAGUGGCACUUUGAACAUCCUGUCCUGAUGCCUUGCACUUCAUGGCUGGACGACACGCUGACGUAUCAAAUAGGACCCGCAAAUGGGGUUUUUAUCACUCAUGGCUAUCGAUAUGGCGCUGAACCGAACGAACUGAUACGUGAAUGA